AUGAGUUCGACGUACGUCGACGUAGAGCACAAGACGUGGGACGAAAUACUGCCGUACGUCACGUUCGCUUACAAGACGGCAGUCCAAGAAACAACCCGGUUCACGCCGUUUCACAUUGUGCACGGUCGUGAUGCAGCAACGAUGCUCGACGCGAAGCUGCCUCACGAGCCCAGUGAAGAAGAAAGCGAUGCCCUGGACUUCACCCAACGAGCCGAGGAAGCUCGCCAGCUCGCCGGGCUACGGAUCGGACAGCAACAACGCGAGGAUACGAGAAGGUACAAUCUACGUCGACGAAACACACAGUUUAGCCCAGGAGACCUGGUAUGGGUGUGGACUCCGAUCCGACGACGAGAGUUAAGCAAGAAACUUCUCAAACGCUAUUUCGGCCCAUACAAAAUACUCUGA